UAAGCAAGAUUUCAAAAUAAAUUCUACUCUGGAGACCUCAACCUAGUGUACAAUGUCCCUGGCUGGAAAAGAAGAACUAUAUAUAUAUUUUUUCAAAUCUUUGCCAUCACUUGACCUUGUAUCUCCGCCUUCUCUUUCUACAGGAAACUUUAUUUCCUACUUCUGCACACCACUUUUCUACCUCCAGAUCUGUUUGGUUCAGUUGCUGAGAAGCCUGACACACCAGUGCCACUUGGAAGAAGCCAUCUACCGUGAACAUUUAUUGAUGCCUCCUUUAGCCAGGAGGUAUCGUAAGAGCUGGAGAAAGAAAUGUGAUCUAGUCCUCGAUCUCAAGGAGCACACACACAGAGGAAGAUGGAUGGCAACAACACAUUUCCCCAGUUCAGCCACAGUGUGCUGUCCACAUCUUAUUCUCUGUUUGCAAUGAACAUCAAGGGGAACAGUGAAGAAUCCACCACCAGUUAUGACUAUGAUUACAGUGAGCCCUGCCAAAAAACCAACGUGGGACAAAUCGAAGCCCAGCUCCUGCCCCCACUCUACUCGCUGGUGUUCAUCUUUGGUUUUGUGGGCAACUUGCUGGUCGUCCUCAUCCUGAUAAACUGCAAAAAGCUGAAGAGCAUGACUGACAUCUACCUGCUCAACCUGGCCGUCUCUGACCUGAUUUUCCUCCUCACCAUCCCAUUCUGGGCUCACUAUGCUGCUGACCAGUGGGUCUUUGGGAAUGCGAUGUGUAAAUUUUUCACAGGGCUGUAUCACAUUGGUUAUUUUGGUGGAAUCUUCUUCAUCAUUCUCUUGACAAUUGAUAGGUACCUGGCUAUAGUCCAUGCUGUGUUUGCUUUAAAAGCCAGGACGGUCACGUUUGGGGUGGUGACAAGUGGGGUUACCUGGGUGAUGGCUGUGUUCAUCUCUCUCCCUGGAAUCAUCUUUAUCAAAUCCCAAAAAGAACAUUCUGGUUACGCCUGUGCCCCUUAUUUUCCACUAGGAUGGAAGAAUUUCCAUACAGUAAUGAGGAGUAUCUUGGGCCUCGUCCUGCCACUGAUUGUCAUGAUCAUCUGUUACUCAGGAAUCCUGAAAACCCUGCUUCGGUGUCGAAAUGAGAAGAAGAAGCACAAGGCCGUGAGGCUUAUCUUCGUGAUCAUGAUCGUCUACUUUCUCUUCUGGGCUCCCUACAACAUCGUCCUCCUCCUGAGCACCUUCCAGGAAUUCUUUGGCCUGAGUAACUGUAAGAACAUCAGUCAGCUAGACCAAGCCAUGCAGGUGACUGAGACCCUGGGGCUGACGCACUGCUGCAUCAACCCCAUCAUCUACGCCUUCGUCGGGGAGAAGUUCAGAAGAUAUCUCUCCGUGUUUUUCCGAAAGCACAUUGCCAAACACCUCUGCAAACAAUGCCCAGUUUUCUAUGGAGAGACAGGAGAUCGAGUGAGUUCAACAUACACCCCUUCCACUGGGGAGCAGGAAGUCUCUGCUGCUUUGUAGAGCGGUACCAGUUUGCUUGUUAUUUUUAAAGGGAGAUAACAAUCUCUAUACGAUAGUAAGCCUCAAGGGUUUGUUGAAUAAAGGACUUGAAAUCUCUAAAGCAAAUUCCCAGGAACCUCAGGGUUGUGUGAACCAACACAUUCUUAUGUCACUCCUUGUAGAGCCAACAUGCGCUCGGGGAAUAUUCCAGAACAACUGUGGGCACAGACUUGGACUCUCCAACAAGCUCAUUGCAGUUUCUGGAAAAUGCCACAUCGCCUUGUGUUUAUUCCCUUUUCCCCAUCUGCACCAUUUCUUGCUCACUCUGAUUCUGUCAAUCUAUUUAAUCAAUCAGUGGGAGGUAGGGAAGAGAAUGAGACAUGCAUGGGUGAAGGGAAAGAGGGUGAGUGGGGUCAGGACCAAGAGGACAGAGCAGGAAGUAUGAGCAUGACUGAGCCUGGACGAGGAUGAAGGUAAGGGGUUUGCUUGCCCAGCCAGGUAGCAGUACUGGCCCUUCGCACCAUCUCCUACCAUAUUUAACUUCGAAGCCCUCCCCCCAACCAGGUCAUGGAGAGCGUGGGAACUGUAAGAACUUUUUGGGAGCCUGAGUUGGGUCCAUGUUCCCCUUCUGUUAAGUGCAUGACACAUUUUUGCUUUAUUACAGUUUAGCUAUGACAACCACACACCCUACAUUUGAAAUCUAUUAAGUAUCAUGCCUCAUUGUUCACAAACUCCUUAGGCAGCAUCCACAUAUACAAACAUUUAUUAAAAUGCCUGUUUAUAAAAUAGGCAUAAUCUAUAAUGAGAUGAAGAAAUAAAAGCCCUCAUUUGGUCUUUCCAGGCAAAGGAUUGGAGGUAGUGAUGAUGAGAAAGGGGUGGGCACCAACAAGUUCCUCCAUCCAAAGUGAACAGGUAAGCUCACGGGAGAAUGUACAGGAAUGUUUCCAGGGCUGGCUAAGAGCAGAAGCCAGGAAGGAUGCAGCAGAACCCCCGAAAGGCCUUGUGUCUCUGGAUCUGACACUGUUCAUUUCCUUCUGGCUUUCCCCUGCCUUCCUGCUGCCCAUGCCCGCCUGUCCCCCUACAGCCUUUAUCAUAUAACUCUGCCUGUAGGGCUGCCUUAUCCCAAAAGCCAGUUUGUGGUGCUCCGGGAGAGUAGCUGUCAGGAAAAUGUGAAGGAAAUUGUGCAACAAGAACCCCCUGUUGGGCCCGGGAGAGG